AUGUGCCACAGCUGUAGACGACUCCCCCUCGCCCUACCUAACCCAAACCUUCAUGACCAGUCGCCACCUGGCUCUAGCAUUGCUGGCCGAGGAGGACUCUCCCCCACACACCGCAUUUUCUUGGAGCGGAGGAGAGAGGGGAAGAUGGAUGAUGACUUGUACGCUGAGGAGAACAUAGACUAUCUGUUGUCCCACAACAGGUCUGCCAAUGAAUCCGAUGCCAACCAGUUCGCGCAGCCCGCUUGGCAGAUCACCCUCUGGGCUGUCGCCUACUCUCUCAUUGUGAUCGUGGCGGUGGUGGGGAAUAUCGUGGUGAUGUGGAUCAUCCUAGCCCACAAGAGGAUGAGGACGGUGACCAAUUAUUUCCUGGUGAACCUGGCUUUUGCAGAAGCCUCCAUGGCCGCCUUUAACACCGUCGUCAAUUUCACCUAUGCCAUCCACAACGAGUGGUACUAUGGGCUGGUCUACUGCAAGUUCCACAACUUCUUCCCCAUCGCCGCCGUGUUUGCCAGCAUCUACUCCAUGACGGCCAUCGCCGUGGACAGGUACAUGGCUAUUAUCCAUCCAUUGCAACCCAGAUUGUCAGCCACAGCCACCAAGGUGGUCGUCACCGUUAUUUGGUUCCUGGCUUUAUUGCUGGCGUUCCCGCAGGGUUAUUACUCGAUGACAGCAGAGCUUCCCAACAGGGUGGUGUGUCUGGUGGACUGGCCAGAGUAUGACACCAGGGCGUAUGAAAAAACGUAUCAUUUCUGCGUGACUGUGCUGAUCUACAUCUUGCCGCUCCUGGUGAUAGGAUGUGCCUACACGGUGGUUGGCAUCACUCUGUGGGCUAGCGAGAUACCCGGCGAUUCUUCUGACCGCUACCACGAGCAAGUGUCCGCCAAGCGAAAGGUGGUGAAGAUGAUGAUCGUUGUGGUGUGCACGUUUGCUGUCUGCUGGCUGCCGUACCACAUCUACUUCCUCUUGCAUUUUUUUAACCCCGAUUGGUACCAGGAGAAGUUUAUCCAGCAGGUCUACUUAGCAGUCAUGUGGCUGGCCAUGAGCUCCACCAUGUAUAACCCAAUCAUCUACUGCUGCCUCAAUGACAGAUUCCGCAUUGGCUUUAAGCACGCUUUCCGGUGGUGCCCUUUCAUCAAUGCUAGGGAAUACGAAGGGCUGGAAAUGAAGUCUGCCAGGUACCUCCAGACCCAGAGCAGCAUGUACAAGGUCAGCCGGAUUGAGACAACUGUAUCCUCCGUCACCGGCAACACUGAGGAAGACAUUGAAGAGAGCAACAAAAUUAAGCGCCUGUCCGUGGAUAUGACAUCCAACGGCUCCUCCCGCAGUGACUCUAAAACCGUCUCCGAAAGCUUCAGCUUCUAUUCCAACACGCUCUCCUAA